AUGCCGGAGGCAAAUGCCGGUGCUAUGGCGCAGGCGGAGCAGAGGAAGAAGGAGUUCUUUGACCGGUGGGAAAAGUCAGUCUGGGAUGGGUCGGAGAGGGUAGAUGCUGCAGAGCUUUUGCGUUUGAGUUUGGUUGGAUUACUUGCCAUCAGUUUGUCGGACUAUGUUGCUACUAGAUGGUACAGGGCUCCUGAGCUGUGUGGAUCUUUCUUUAGUAAGAUUCGAAAUGAGAAAGCAAGGAGGUAUCUGAGCAGCAUGAGGAGGAAACAGCCAAUACCCUUUUCAGAGAAGUUCCCCAAUGCAGAUCCUUCGGCGCUCAAGCUCUUACAAAGGCUUCUAGCAUUUGAUCCUAAGGAUCGACCAACUGCUGAAGAGGCGUUGGCUGAUUCCUAUUUUAAAGGCAUUGCAAAAGUGGAGAGGGAACCAUCCUGUCAGCCAAUUUCGAAAAUGGAAUUUGAGUUCGAACAGAAGUUUACCAAAGAGGACGUCAAGGAACUUAUAUUCCAGGAGAUACUGCAGUACCAUCCUCAACUUCUGAAGGAUUACAAGAACGACUCUGAAAAAACGAGCUUUCUAUAUCCCAGCGCUGUUGACAGGUUCCGUAGGCAAUUUGCUAGCUUAGAAGAAAAUGGAGGGAGGAAUGCCACGCUUGACAGGAAGCACGAAUCUCUCCCAAGGACAACAACCGUUCACUCCACUCCAAUUCCUGCAAAGGAAGGUCCAACAGCAUCCUCCCAGGUUGCUCAAAGGAUUCCAGCAGCUAGACCAGGAAGAGUGGUAGGCUCAGUAUUACCAUUCGAGAGUGCUAGCGUCACUGAUCAACACAUUGCGCGACGGGUGGCAAGGAAUCCAGCUGUUCCUCCAGUAACCAACACCUCGUCAGUCUACUGCUACCACCUGAAGUCGAACAGCUCCGACAGGCAGGAGCAUCAGCUAGAGCGUGAGAAAGACCGGAGGCAGUAUAGGACAGGGCAGCAUCUCAUGGAUGCCAAGGUAGCACCUGAGAUGGCCCGGGACAUACGCCCGUCACAGUACUAUGUCUCAAGGGGCAUGCCCAAAGCUGAUCUAACAGACAGGGCCACCCUCCAUAGGAGCACGCUGCAUGGCGUUGCUCCCUUCAAUGGCAUCGCAGCGGUCGCUGGUGGGUACAGUCAGGCCGGUGUUCUUCACUAUGGAGUUACAAGUUUGUACUAA